AUGGAGUUACCCAUUUCCAUGGGAGGCUCUGCUGCGGCAACCAGCCUCGUGAAUCUCAAGAUGGUGAAUCACAAACGCACCAGUGGGCUUGGACCUCAACUUCAGUUUUCGCAUGAUGUACCAUCCUCUGCUUGUCUGAUGAUAUUUAACAAAGAAUGUUCAAAACGAAUCAACUAUAAAGUUUGCAGAGCGCUUCAGGCAGUAUCUCCAGUACAAUGUGCAGAAAAUCCCAUGCAAGCACCGGUAGCCUUUAAAGAUUUUCAUGUUUCUGUGCUUACCGAAGAAGAUGGAGUGAUAGAGACACAGAUACGAGUAACUGUUAGCAGUAAAAUGACGGUUUCUGUCUUUGAGAAAGUCUUAUCAAAGCAUAUUGCCGCGGCACAACCACUUCCAGGAUUUCGGCGAUUGAAAGGAGGGAAAACUCCAAAUGUACCAAAAGAAGUCGCUCUGCACUUGAUUGGACCAUCAAAAGUGAAGAAAGCAGCCAUCAAGAAAAUCAUCAAUCGCGCAGUCGCUGAAUAUGUUGAAAAGGAGAACCUUGACGCGUCGAAGAACCUGAAGGUUCUGCAAAGCUACGAGGAGCUCGAGGCCACGUUCGAACCUGGAAAAGAGUUCUGCUUUGACGCGGCUGUCCAUCUAACAGGAAGCUGA